CCCGUCUCACUAUUGUCAUCACAAACAUCAUACUCAUCACCCUGGCGCCCGCGUCGCACACAAAUUCCUCGAUACCAGAAAUCAUUCAAGAGGAGCCUGUUGCCGUCUUCUCACACGGCACGGCGUUGCGUGAGAGCUCUCGAGUGGUGUUUGACUGCGAUUACUCUACACAGCGGGCUAGCAACCACUCCACACCUACCCCUGACGGUGCAAAGUGUCAUCACCUCCAUCAUCGUCAUCGUCGCCAUAGCUGCCGUUGCAGCGCACGCCAGGAAUCCUCAUCAUGGCCGCCGCUGAGCUCGACUACGACCUCAUUCUAGAGCAUGAGUUUGACGCGCUCUGCCUCGACGUGAUGCCCAGGAGUGCCGCCAAUAACAGCUCCUCCACCAAGCCCGUCAAGUAUCCUGCCAAGCUCCAUGCCCGUCGUGUUGCCACCGAGCUUGGCUGCGAUUCGGGGCUCGUCUACCUGCCGGGCAUGCCCGAGCGACCUCUCGAGGACUCGGAUCAGCCGCAGCAGUUUCGCCAACGCCGAUACUUCCUAUACGUGGCCGGUGCUAACUUCCCCGACUGCCACGUCACGUACGACAUCGCCGCCGACCGCCUCAUUCUCUGGAUCCCCUACGUCGAGCCGCGCGAGGUGCUAUGGUACGGCUCCAAGCCCUCCGCCGCCGAGUGCAUGCGCCGCUACGACAUCGAUGAGGCCCGCUAUGUGAGCCAGCUACCCAAGUAUCUCUCGCUCUGGACCUCGGCGCACCGCGGCCGCACCCUCUUUGCCCUCCACGCCGACCAGACGCCGGCGGUCGAAAGCGGCAUUAUCGACCCCGAUACCAGGAUCGACGCAUCGCUGCUACGCCCAGCCAUGGACCGCGCGCGCGUCAUCAAGACCGACUACGAGGUGGCUAUGGUGCGCCGCGCCAACGACGUCUCCAGUGCCGGCCACCGCAAGGUCGCCCAGCUGCUGCUGCGCCUUGCCACGGAGCGCGACGUUGAGGCUGUCUUCGCCGCCGUCUGCACCGCCCGCGGCGCCCGCGACAUGGCCUACCCCGUCAUCGCCGGCGCCGGCGAGAACGGCUCCAUCCUGCACUACGGCGAAAACGACCAGCCUCUCACCGGCAAGCAGACCAUGGUUCUCGACGCCGGCUGCGAGUGGCACGGAUAUGCCAGCGACGUUACCCGCACCCUGCCCAUCCCUGGUUCCUGGACGCCUCGCGCCGCCGCCAUCCACGCCAUCGUCGAGAGCAUGCAGGACCAGUGCAUCGCCGGCGUCCGUCCCGGUGCCCGCUUCGACCACCUCCACAUGCUCGCCGAGGACGUGGCCGUCGACGGCUUGCUGCGCCUCGGCAUCCUGCGCGGCGACCGCGACGACAUUGCCCGCGCCGGUACCAUCGCCGCCUUCUUCCCCCACUACCUCGGCCACCACGUCGGCCUCGAAGUCCACGACGUCUCGGGCGACCUGCCAAUUGCCGCUGCUGCCCAGGGCCUCGGCCGCGGCCUCGGUCUCGACGGAGGGAAGCGAGCCAUGGUCACCCCCCGGGACUCGGUCCGCAUGCGCGCCGACAAGACCGCCGGGGCGAACGGCGUCGAGUCAUCGACGUCGUCGCGGACGCGGGGCCAGCAGGAGCUGCUGCCCAACAUGAUUGUGACGGUUGAGCCGGGCAUCUACUUUUGCCGCUCGUACCUCGAGGGCUACUAUCUCGACGACCCCGUGCACUCGCGCUUCAUCGACGCCGACGUGCUCGAGAGCUACUACCCUGUCGGUGGCGUGCGCAUCGAGGACUGCAUCCUGGUGACGCGCGACGGCUACGAGAACCUGACGACGGCGCCCAAGGGCCGCGAGCUGCUCGACGUGAUCAACGGGCGGGCCUAGGCAGGCCGGCAGGCAGGCAGCGCGCUGGACAAACCCAAGCAGACGAUUCGAGUCGCGCCCUGCUUGGCCGAAAGAUUUCAAGGAUUUAGCAGAAGCGGGGAUCUAUUCAUGCGCUUUGGUCUUUUGCAUUCAUAUACCCGUCUCAUAGCCCCCAGAGCCUGCGACGAAGAGUCUUGGAUAUAGUACUUGGCACGUCCAUGGGGACGGAAACGCAGAUGUAGACGCACUACCCGAACCCUCAGCCUAGCUCUAGUCGAUGUACC